GUAUAAUCAACGAUCCUCGGCGCUGUUGGUGUUGGUGGUCGAAAUUGUCUAUGGAUUUGUAGAUACGUGAAUAGGAUUACAUCAGGUAUCCGAGCAUCAAGCCGCACGACAACUGGAACUGGAACGAAUGGAAUCAUUGGAACAGGAGAAAAAGAGUCACGAGAGAUAAAUCGGUGCGAAAGUAUGAAAAACUCGAAGAAGGUAAACCAGGAAGGCACGAAAGUCAACUCGCAACUACGUAGCUCCUAGAGCCGUCAUCCACAGGAAGUCGAGGCAAAACGUCAGAACUGGAUGUUGGAAUUGAAACGAGGACUGUCAGGAUGCUGUAUCUGCGGAUGUGCGUGAUCUCGCGGGGUCCAUGGAUUCUGGGUCAGUCGGUAAAGUCGGCCAUAGAAACACUGGCAACGUUCCCGCAAGGAAGACACGCACCCGGUCCUCGUGGUAUUCAUCGGCAGAUCGCGGUUUGGUCAUUGACCAGCUGAAAUUGGGUAAUUAGAAAUGGUGCCAAUUGGAUGAAAUCGAAACGAAACAUACGCCGAAUGCAUCUGCAGAGGCGCUAAUCGAAUCGUCUAAACAUCCGUUUGACACAUGACACGUGCACUGCGCUUUUUUUUUCCUUUGACGUGCAAACAGAUCCACGUUGCUGAUUGUUUGAGGAUUCAAAGAAAAAUCAAUUAAAAUAAUAGAAUUGUCUCUUUCGAAAAAUAUACAUAUAGUAGCAGCUAUGCGUUAUCAGUGAAAUAAAUCGCAUUUCUCAGCGACAAUUCUUCAUAUAUAAAAUCUUCACAGCUUCGGUUCACAGCCUACCGACUUGGGUACCUGUCAACAUUGGACCAUCCAACUGCCGUAAGCAUAUCGUAUCCUUGCUACGAGAAACAAAAGGCAUGACUGCUGGAGAAGGAUUCUGCGCGGUGUCUACCAAAACGUUUCGACGUGCCAGUUAAGAAACGCUGCAUCACUAAGAACGAUUCUGUCUCGAAAGAUUGAUAGCGGAUACGUAGAUGAUCGACGUUUCGUUCGGGACUGUCGAAAAGAAGAAGAAGAGGAAUACUGGGAUAGAGCGAGAGGAGGAGUGGGGAAGAGGGAAUAAAAAAAAAAAAGAUGAGAAAAAAUAUGAACAGUUUUCACGGCUCCCGUUUUUUACCGUCCCCUUCACGUGAAAGGAAUACGAGCCUAGUCACGUAUCUACCGUUUGGGUAUACCUGUUUAAUGGAUAGUCGAGCAAAUUAAUAGGAACCUGUCCAAUCGAAAGCACCCAAUAGAUUUCACCGCAUCGUUAACCCAUCGAUUAAUUAAUUUCGUUAUACGCACACUAUGGCACGGCAUCGAGUGGCCUUGACGGCUCUGAGUCGCGUAAUUCUCCUGUGGGUAUUACAGCAUUAGCUGGUACUAUUGUCAAGGUCAUUCUUUUCAAAGAAUGAUUGAUGCCUUGGCUAUUCGACUGACAUCCGAUAACGACUAUUGUUACACCUCAGGACUGAACCGUGGGAGCGGUUAAUUCGAUCGCUUAGGAGAAGUCAUUGGUCACGUCAACUUGGGAUUUUCGGCCCUCUAGGGUUUCGCAUUUAGUUCAUCUAGUUAUGUAUAUCUGAUUGUGAAUAUAUGGCAGUCGAUUAUUCGUGGAACCUGAAAUCUUACAAGAGAAUGUCUUUAUUGGGUAGACGGUUGAUAAAUUUUUGUGAAAAAUUCGAAUUUCAAAUUUCGUCAAAACGAUCGUGUGCUUGUUCCAUUGAAAUGCUGAAGUUCGUUGUAAACUUUUUUAUACUUUUCGUCAACAUUUAUCCAGAACUUGAAUACUUUUUGUUAUACUAAUGAUAAUGGAUCGUUAAUCUGUGUCUGAGACUCGUAUACAGUGAAGAGGUAUAAAAAUAUAGGCCGGAAAGGAAGACUAUUUUCAGGCUGUUCCUUACUACUCUUUACGGUGAGAAUCCGUGGAUUAAAAAGAUUCUCCAGACGGCUUCUGAAUUGAAAAAUUGAUCGGUGACAGAAUUCGAAAAAUGAACUGUUAUCGAUUCCCAAUAAACGGAUACCAGGAUUAAAAUUAAGGACCAAGUAAAUAUUUUUCUCCGAGUAUUUUCUAUGGAUAAAAAAGGUGCAUAAGCAAAACCGUCCUCGUCCACGUACAUGCGUCAAGUCUUCCUGUACGUCUUAAACCAGAGAGAUCUCAGCUCGCAAACAACCUCAGCGCAUCGGCGAAGAUCCAAUUGUUAAUAAGCUGCUUAAGGUUAUUCAAGGCACCUGCACAAGCGAUUCUACGCGCAUCUGUGGUUACACGGCCAAUCUAGACAUUGCAUUGUGGUCACGGUGCAGAAAUAAAUAGACCUAGUAAUUAGUGGCAGUGUGUAGGAUAAAAUGCACGUUGCGCCGUUCAUUUAAAUGAGAAAACAAAAGUUCUACAUUGAAUGUGCCGUUCAUGCACAUUGUAAGGUGACUGGAAACGGAUUACUUUGCCAGUCAUAUAGUAGGCAACGAAAGCUGUUUGCCACGAGGAAAACAUAAUGGCAAGCAUGUACGCGAUAUAUACAGAAAAACGAUUAUUGCUCCAACGUAUCGAAGAGCGUCUACGGUGAUAAUAGCACAACAAAUGGGAACGGUUUGUCCGAUUGUGAGGCAUUUGGUUGGACACGGAAAAAAUAAGUAAUUUCUAUUACAAAGUAUGCGAUCGAAUAUGGUGAACAGACGAAUGGUAAAUUCAAAGCAGCCAUUACAAAAUGCGUAAUCAGCCAUUCCGUCAAAUACACGUAUACCGGGGGUUCUGCUUGGUUAUUAUUUAUAACGUGACCGUCUCGUGCUACGGGGAAAACCGUGUGUUAUCGAAAAGAUCGAUAUUUCCCCGCUUUUUUACCUCCCUCUUACCGAACACCACCCAACGUGGCUGCGUAUAAAAUUUCUUCGUAGCUCUACAAGCAUUAUCAGGAUACUUCUUACAUAAUUCUAAUCCAAGGGUCCUUCCCGUUUCGUCUGUGCCUGUAAUGUAUUUCUCAUAUAAAAAGGUGGCUGACCCAAAGAUAACAAUCUGAGAAUUGCCGAUUGUUUUUAUCGUUGGCAGUUAGUGCCCUGAAUUUUGCAAGGGUAGUCGGUGGUAUCUGCAUGCGGAGGGGUAGUAAGGUGAAAUACGGGUCCAUUAUGCAUUGUGCCAGUGAAAAGAAAGGUGAAUGAAAUAAAAGUGAGCUGGUCCCGGCCGAUAGGGGUAGGUAAGGAUAGGGUGCAGCGAGGCUAAAGAGGACAAGAAAAAGUAUGGAAACGCGAGUAUCAGGGGUGGUUGGAAAAGUAUCCAGGAGCGGAGAAUAAGGUUCCUUGAUAAGGAGGAUAAAGAGACAGGGAUAAAACAAGAGCCAGAGUCGAGGCGACUCGCGUGGAUCGAUGGGCGUCGACGAGGUCAUCCAAUUGGUCGAUCGUAUGGUAAUGGUCGGUAGGCGUAAGGCGUAAGGCGUAGCAUAAGAGAGUAUAUGCGCGGCCAGGGUGCGCAAGCUGGCCUUUACCCAGGUCUCUCCCCGAGAGUCCCCACCUGAGGCCGCGGCUUAAUGCCAGCGAGCGUCGCCGAGUGCCUUAAAUCUUGAUCUCACCUUUAGAACACGGGCACGAACAGGUGGGGGCAAGGCAGUCUGGGCGCGCUUCGAACCACCGAACGGAAGCCAAUCUGCUCGAAUCCGGCGGAGCGCGAGCAGUUACGGUAUACCUGAGAAGAAGACAUAGGCGCCGCGGUGCUCUCGUUGCCGCCUGGACUAGCCUUGGCCCAUCCAGAGACGUCGUCUGCCGGACCCCGACAACGAGCGAGCUAAGGUCUCUCAGUGGACUUUCGUAUUGGCUGCGCGUGCGCCCUUAUCGUCGGAUUUUGCAUACCGUGUGUCGAGUUCGCGUUACGUGUCGUUCAUCAUCGGCGAUGGAGGCAAGACUGAUCGACUCUGCGACUCGGAUCUGCUGAACUGACAGCCAGGAGACCUUUUGCCGGGAAGAGGGACCAAGGAAGUGUGAGAAGGAUCCUAGAAAAAAGGGAAGAAGACCGAGGCAGGCUACCGAGCAAGAUCAGGAAUAGGAGACAAGGGACCCAACUGGAUCCUACCUGAGGAAUACAAAAGCGAAUCACCUGGAUAUUUUAUGUGUCUCUUCUCCGGGCGUAAGUGCGAGUCUCGUAGCGGUACAUGACGAAGAGCACAGAAGCGUCCGUGAGCUUAGCAAAAGUUCUCGAACCAAGGUACGUUCUUGGGUACACGUUCGAGGUAGCGACGGCGCACCGACGGAUGCCAAAGGAGAAGCCGACGUAGCUGAAGAAGAAGGUGGUGGAGGUGGCGACGGUGCUGGAGGAGCCCUGGUGCUUCUGGUAGAGGAGGUGGUGGGCCAGUACGAAGAGCUAGAAGGGGAAAUAGGGGAAGGCGAAGGUGGUACCGGUAGAGGUAUAGUAAGUGCUAGCGAAGGUGGUCCGCCGGUAGUGCUAGUGGUGGUGGUGCGGUAAUGAUGAUCGGCGGCGGUAUCGCGACACCUCCAGGGACUGCCAAGCCGGUGAUCAACGAUAUGGUGGUUGAUAACAUUGGCAGUGGCAGUGGAAGUGUCAGUGGCAGUGGCAGUGGAAGUGGUAGUGGCAGUCCUGCGACCGGUGCGACUCGUACGCCCACUAACAACAACAACAACAACAGUACCAGCAACAACAACAACAACGACAAUCACAACGUCAUAAGCAACACCACCACAGUCGGCGGGAAGUUAUGCUGUCAGGAAGAGGAAGGACCUACCGGUGCUGGUGGGACCGUCACUCGUCCUUGGGAACCUCCUUCGCCGACGCUCAACCAACCCCAAUCACGCUCACACCUUCUUCGAGUUCAUCCCUCUCAUCAUCAUUCCCAUACGCCACAUACGUCCCAUCAGCACCAUCAGAUCAACGUACCACCCGCACCGCUCAUCGAUGGAGUUAGCUUGCAGAACUGCGCUGGCAGCCCGUUUGCUAGCGCUACAAAUGGCGGCACCUCCAGGCAACGACUGCUGGAGAUAUCGCACGGGCUUGGAGCUUUGCGGCAUUACAACGACCUGGCCAAUCACGUGCUGUCGUUGAACCAGCAGGGUGCGGUGGUCACGAAGCUUUUGGGAACGCUACGUCCUCCUGGUCUGAUUGGCGGUAGCAAACCAAAGGUAGCAACGCCCGCAGUCGUAGCCAAAAUCGAGCAGUACAAACGUGAGAACCCAACGAUCUUCGCCUGGGAGAUAAGGGAGCGCCUUAUAUCGGAGGGCGUAUGCAGCAACGCCACAGCACCGUCGGUCAGCAGUAUCAACCGGAUACUGAGGAAUCGUGCGGCGGAGAGAGCAGCUGCGGAAUUCGCCAGGGCGGCCGGAUAUGGAUUAUAUGCGGCUGCUCCGCAUCCUUAUUUUAAUUCCGCGCAUCAUCCCUCCUCGUCGCAUCAUCUACCGGCCGGAUGGCCCGCUCCUGGUGGUCCUGGACAUCCCUGGGUAUUACCGCCGUUGCCAACAGGAAUCUCCGGUGCCGCUUCUGCGCUUCUUCUUCCGCCGUCUCUCAGCCCUGGCACCGCUGCGGCCGCCGCUGCAGCUGCCGCGGCUUCCGCUAAUAUUACCGGCAGUCCCGAGCAUGCUCUGCACGCUGCCGAUGCUAUUGCACGUGGAUACUUGCACGAAGCCGAAGGCGACGAUGGGAGUCUGGACGGCUCGGAGCAGCCAAAGUUCCGUCGGAAUCGCACGACCUUCAGUCCCGAACAGUUGGAGGAGCUCGAAAAGGAGUUCGAGAGAUCGCACUAUCCGUGCGUCUCCACCAGAGAGCGACUGGCCUCGAAGACGUCUCUGUCCGAAGCACGUGUUCAGGUUUGGUUUUCCAACAGACGGGCAAAGUGGCGGCGCCAUCAGCGAAUGAACCUUUUAAAGCGUUCGCCACCGCCGCCGCCGCCGCCGCCACCGCCGCAGCCGCAGCCGCUGCAUUCCGCGUCCGCGAAUUCCCUGGUGGAUAUAGGCUCCCGUACCACGAACUCCUCCUCCAUAGGCGGAAUGGGAGGCGAAAAUAGUGCAUUUCGCGCUGUCGUCACUGGCGCGACACCCCUCUUGGAAAGGGUCGAUAGGAUCGAGUCCAUAACGCGUUCGCAAACGCUUCCCGAGAGAAAACCCAGUGCCUUCAGGAUGAUCAGUCAGCUCGUUGGGGACAGCUCCUCACCGAGUCCCACAGCGGCACCCACGUCGAGAACGGGGCCUGGUCUCGGUCAAAGACCUGGGACGGAUUCUAGGAUGGAACUCGAAUCCGUCGACGACGAGGACGAGGAGAUCGACGUUCAGGAUUCGGAUCAGGAUGCACCCUCGCCGCCCGCAGCAUGGAGAGAUCACUGGACUGAUCAGCAACCCUUGGAACUCACCAAACACGACCGCUGAGCACAAAGGCCUUCUGGACCCACUGUCGUCUGUACAUACUGUGGAUGAUCUUGUGAAUUACUCUAACGUCAAUGACGAUGAUAUGGAUGAUCAUGAAUUAUCAUGCUGUGUAUUAUUGCCGUCUGGCAUCUACUUUAUGGCUAUUAUAAUAUUAGUACCUACUAAAGCUACUACUGUUACUAUUGCUAUUACUAUUA